CAGCAGGCCUCGUACUCUGGGGGAAUUCCUGGUUCCACCCUUCUGGGAAUGGUCUCGCCCACACCUCGGGGCGGGGCCGAAGCUCUCCGCGGCUCCACUGAGCUCCGCAACAGUUCAACGGAGACGCGGGAAAAUGGCGGAGCACCGUUCCAAGACUUUGGGGUCUUUCUCGGAAGCCGAACGUAGUGUCUCAGGGAACUCCAAGGCCAAAGGGAGAAGAGUACCAGCUGGAAGAAUAGUAGAGUCUCGGUAUUUGCAGUGUGAGAAGAAAAAAGUUGUUAAGGCACUUGCAUCUGAUACUUCCAUCAACAGUUCCAGUGGGAAACAGACUGAAAGUGGAAAAAAAUCUGUGUCUCAGAAGGGUAGUACAGAUAAUAAUCAAAUUGAAAAGGAUGAUUUGCAAUCAACUCUGUUAGAAGGACACAAAACUUCCCCUCCUGAUCUGGAUCUUUCUGCUAUUAAUGGUAAAAGUCUCAAGAAAAAGAUUCCGCAAUUAGCCAAUAAAGCUAGUACGGCACAAAAUUCCAAAACACCAAAAAAACACAACACAGUUUCCCCAGAAGAUAUGAAAAUGAUGGAGUCACAGACGUUACUUCUAACCCUUCUGGCAGUGAAGAUAAAAAAACGUCUUGCAGUAAUGGAAGAAGAGGAAGAAAGAAAUCUAAUCAUGUUGUGUGAAGAAAAGGACAAACUGCAAAAAAAAGUGCAGGAAUUGAAACACAAGCUCCUAGUUCAACAGAAAGAGCAGGAAAUGAUGGACGUCCUUGCUACCCAGAGUGAAUUGCUUACUCCCUUUGUGGCAAUGUCUGAGGGUUUUAAGAAGGAUUAUAAAACUUUUGCCACUGCACUGGACUCUACCAGGCAUGAACUACCUAUGAAAUCCAUUCACAUGGAAGGAGAUAGGGACAAGUUUUUAGAUGAGUUACGACACCAACUGUCUAUCACACAAAACUUGUUGGCAGAAGUUACAACUGACCACUUAGGACAGAAUGCUAAAGUGUUUGAUGUGUUGGGUGAAUUUAAAGAAGUAGUGCGGAAAAAGGAUAUGGAACUCAAAAGGAGCUUUGUCCAUGUGCUUAACUUAUCCUCUGAAGUCAGUAAAGAAGCUGCUUUAACUAACCAAGAAGUCUGGGAAGAGACUCAAGGCACACAGAACCUAAGCCAGUGGUAUUUUAAUCGAGAACGUUUAGAGGAUACUCCAAAAGACAACUGAAGGCCAAAUAGGUGCUUGUAUUUUUAGGUUUAUCACAUCAACAAGUUGUCUCUGACAUAUUUUUACUGGUUUGGUUUUCUUAUGUUUUUUCUGCCAUAUGUGUAAAUAUUUGAGUACCUUUGAGAACACAUUUUUGUCUUUUUAUGACAUUCAGAACACUUAGCACUUUAAAUUGAUGUAUAUUAAAUGUUUUUGCAUUCUAUUAUGUGAGAGAUUUGGGUUAUCAAAAAUAAAAGAUUCCUGACACAAAA